AUGCCGGCAGUUGACGGGCCUUCUGCUGGCAAUGACCAGAGCGGCCCGUCCAAGACAGCAACGGAAGAUGGACCGCCGCAACCCGCCCAGAAUCAGAUGUCCGCUGCGACGCCCAAGCCAGAACCCAAACCCGCCAGUUCUGCGACUGUUGAGCUCGACGACUUUGGCCUACCCAUAAGGAAAUAUUCGACUCCGGUUGAGACAGAGCAGGGAACCUCAAAUGCUGAAGCCGCAGCCAACACGUCGAACGAGAAUCACCAAGUGCACGGGGCGACCGCGAAGGCCGGACCACAAGAUGGCGCAGAAUCGACCAGCGAGAAGGAUUUUAGGGAUGCCGAGACCGCCGCCGCAAACAAAUCCAGGACGACUGCACAGGCCGAGGAACGGCCGUCGGACGUCAGAUCAGAAGAUGCCCAGCUGCGGAGCAAGCGAGGGUCGGCCGACGUGUCGACCAAGGUUGCGGACCAGGCGGUAUCUGAGGCUAGUAAACCUCAACGACCGGCUAGCGGGGUGAAGCACGAUGCGAGCGUCGCCGACGGGCCAGGAGCCGCCGCGAAAGUCGCCAUGUCCGCGUACUCGCACCAGCAACUCACUUCCCAAGAACCCGAGAAGCAGGAAGAAGAUGACGGGGAGUGGCAGGUGAUGCCCGCCUACGCGCCCUACGACAUAUAUGACGACAACAACAGACUGAUCGCCAAAGAAUACAACGAAGCCGACGAUGAGACGUACGGGUAUGCGGGGCUCGGGGGCGCUGGGAAAGGCUAUACGAAAGUGCUACUGGAUGACGACGCCGAGUCGGCGACCAGCAUGGAUGAAAAUACCCAGUAUUUGUUCAAAGACGCGGGCGGAACGAGCAUGACGGAAGACGACGAGAAUCAGCGGGAUGCCGUGAGCCAGCUUCAGGCCACCAAGGAACUCUUGACGGAGGGUCAGAGAAUCGCUUAUGUUGGACUCACAAGAUUAGAGCUCUCAGCCAUGCUGAGCGAGCUCGAAUCUGUGUCUACGAAGGCUACCUCGUCCAGGUUCAAGAAGCAAACAGCACUUGCAGCCGAGAACAUGAAGAUGUGGAGCCAAAAGAUGAUGAUCAGGCUCUAUACCCAUAUGGACAUAAGCCCGGACGAGCAAGUCAUGAUUGAGCAGUUGAGCGCGCACGGUGUCAUGCCGCAGGAUCUGACUCCCGUGUUGAUGGCAAACGCGCGCGUGCGAAACCCCAUGGCCGCCGAAUCGGAACCGAGAACGUCCCUCUCGAACUCAACCUCGUCGCGGCCGAGCUCGGUUGUGAAUGCUCAGGCCGAGCAGGUCGCCGAGCCGCCGCCGCCCUACUCCGCGGACGACGACACGGAGCUCACAACCCCCGUCAAGAUGCCGUCGCAGAUGCCAACCACGCAAAAGAUCGACAUUGACAUACGUUGGACCGUGCUAUGUGACCUCUUCUUGGUGCUCAUCGCCGACUCCAUCUACGAUGCAAGGUCUCGAGUUCUACUGGAGAGGGUCGCCAAGGACCUCGAGAUAUCCUGGAUCGACAUCUGCCGCUUUGAAAAGAAGGUAACGGACGCGCUCGAGAUGCAGCAGAACGCCGAGAGGGAGAAUUGGAACGAAGAGGAACACAUGGAGAACCGCCGCAAGCUCGCCCUCAAGCGGCGCUACGUAAUGAUGGGACUUGCCACGGUUGGUGGCGGCCUGGUCAUCGGCUUAUCCGCGGGUUUGCUUGCGCCUGUCAUCGGCGCUGGCCUAGCAGCAGGCUUCGCAACGAUCGGUGUUGGCGGCACCAGCGGUUUCCUCGCUGGUGCAGGGGGUGCCGCCAUCAUCACGUCCAGCGCAGCAGCGUCAGGCAGUAUCAUCGGUGUCAGGGCUGCCAACAGGAGGACAGGGGCCGUCAAGACGUUCGAGUACCGGCCACUGCACAACAACAAGCGGGUGAACCUGAUUGUUACCAUCUCCGGGUGGAUGAUAGGCAAGGUGGAUGAUGUCCGGCUGCCCUUCAGCACGCUGGACCCGGUCAUGGGCGACCUUUAUUCAGUGCUGUGGGAGCCCGAAAUGCUGACCAGCAUGGGUGAUACCAUCAACAUCCUUGCCACUGAGGCUCUCACCCAAGGCCUCCAACAGCUCCUAGGUAGCACAAUCCUUGUGUCCCUUAUGGCGGCCCUUCAGUUACCCGUUGUUCUUACCAAACUUGCGUAUCUGAUCGACAACCCCUGGGCUGUCUCCCUUGACCGUGCUACCAUGGCCGGUUUGAUCCUGGCUGAUUCACUCAUCGAUCGUAACCUGGGCACACGUCCCAUUACCCUCGUGGGCUACUCUCUUGGCAGCCGUGUCAUUUUCUCCUGCCUCCAGGAGCUCGCCAAGAAGGGUGCCUUCGGUUUGGUGCAGAACGUCUAUCUCUUUGGCAGCCCCGUCGUUGUCAAGACGGAUGAGUACUUGCGCGCCCGCGCCGUCGUAUCUGGCCGCUUUGUCAACGGCUACAACCGCAACGACUGGAUUUUGGGCUAUCUGUUCCGCUUGACAAACGGCGGGAUCAGGCGCGUCGCCGGUCUGGCCGCUAUCGAGGGCGUACCCGGGGUAGAGAACAUGGAUGUGACGGGGAUUGUGACAGGACACAUGGACUACCGGACGGCAAUGCCUCGCCUUUUGCGCGAAUGCGGCUGGCUGGUUGAAAGCGAUGAGUUUACAGAGAUCGAAGACCCGGACCCCGAAAACCACAAGGAAAGGCAGCGUGAACUAAUUAACGAGAUUGAGGAAGCAAGGAGAGAGCUAGCGAAAGAAGGAAAGGGGAAGAAGGGUGGCUUCAGCUUCUUUGGGAGGAAGAAGGCGACAGAGAAGGCCGAAUGGGAGGUCUAUGAGGAGACUGGCAAGGACGCCAAGGAUGGUAAGACGGAGGAUAAGGAGGGCAACAACCACGGCGUGCUAUUCGAUGUUGAUGCCAUCCGUGCGGAGCUUGCCAAGGAAAGUCGGAACAAGGACGGCAACAUCGACGAAGAGCUGCUUCAGGUCAGAGAGAUCAAGAGCACUCUCCCACCGAUCAAGCUCGAAUUGAACUCCAGCAGUACCACUACCAGCCCCGGCCCGCCUCCGCGGGCCAGAACAUCGCGCAAUAGUCUGCGUGAGAGCAGGAGCCCCGAUCUCGCCCCGCCGCGGUCUUCGAACGAAGGGCGAUUGUCCUACGAAUACCGCCAACAAUCCCGCAACCCUUCAAUGUCCUCCCGAGCGCGUUCGCCCACAUUCCCCGCCAGCAAGGCGGAAAGCAGCCCGGCGUACCAUACUUCCACUUCAUACGCCUUGGCGUAUGGUGGUGGCGAUGGGAUAGCGGAGGACGACGGCCAGAUCCAAAUGAUUUUUGACACUGGGUUUGACGACGACAAAGACGUCAGACCACCCAUGCCCUCGUCAUCCUCGACAACGACAGCUCCGGGCUCUGCUGCGAGACCAGAGUUGAUCAAGUCGGCACAGACCAUGCCGAACCUCACCCUAGCGGACCCCUGGGCCGACACCCGGGGUAACUAUGACUAUGACGACGACGACGAUUUUGGCAAAGAGAAGGAGAUCUCAAUGACGUUUGCUUAG